UGGCGCCUCGCAGUCCACAGUGGAGCAUCGAAGGUGUCGGAGGUGUAUUUUUUUUUCGGCGACUUCUACAGCUUGUUCGAGCGACUUUGUUCCCGGCCCCAAAAACAGAUUUUGACGCAAUUUUAAACGUCACAGAGCAAAACGCACACAACAACCACACAACACAACUCUCAAGACAGUCUCGCCCACAUAUCUAUAUCGAGAGCUAUGGGCGUGGCAACGCUGAGCAAGAGGACGAUGCUGUGGCUUCCACUCCUCGCCCUGAUGGCCCUCAACAGCGUGGACGCAUACUCCAAGUAUGGACGCGGAUGCGGAGACAUUGGAUGUCUGCCCACGGAGGAGUGCGUCAUCACCAGCGAUUCGUGCAGCUACAGCCAACGGGACGGCAAGGACUGCGGCAGCUAUCCGACCUGCAAGCGCCGCACUGGCUCCAGCUCCAGUUCCAGCACGAACCAGGCAGCGCCCUCUGUUAAUCCGUCAGAGGUGAGCGGCAGUGCCCACAACUCGUAUGCCCCGAAUCCACCAAGUGCCCCGCUGCCGGAUGCGGAUGCGGGCGGUGGCGCUGGUUAUGGUGGCGGCGGCGGCGGCGGCGUCGGCUCCAACGGAAAUGGCAACGGUGGUGGCGGUGGAUAUGGUGGUGGCUUCUCGGCUGGCGGCCAUAGUCUCUAUCCCAGUCUCCCCCAGUCUGGCGGCAAUGGCAAUGGCAAUGGUGGUGGUGGUGCUGCACCCUACAAUCCCUAUGGCGGCUACAACCCACAGCAGCCCCCACAGGGCGCUGGCGGUGGCUACAACCCCUACAACGGCGGCAAUGGCGGAUAUCAGCCGGCGCCCGGCGGAUAUCAGCCGAGGCCCGGCUACACACCGCCGGCACCUGGCUACGAGAACAACGGCGAUGGCGGCCAAGGAGGCCAAAAGCCCAAGGACAAGCAGGGCGGCUUCUUCUCCAACUUCUUCUCGAAUCCGGCGGUGAGUCAAGCGGUUUCCGGUAUCAUUGCAGGCCAGAUAGCCAAGCAGCUGCAGGGAGGAGGCGGUGGCGGUGCAGGUGGCGGUGCUGCCAGCUCGAAUGGCUAUCCAAGCGGCGGCUAUCAGCCCAGCGGCGGCUAUGGCGGCGGCUCAUCCGGAGGCAGCUCUUCUGGAGGCGGCGGCGGUGGCAGCAACAUCCUGGGCGGUCUACUCGGCUCCGUGCUGUCUGGCGGCGGUGCCAAUGCUGGUGGCUCAUCGGGCGGCGCCAGCAGCUUCCUGGGCAGCCUCCUCAAUGGCGGCGGCAACGCCAAUCGCGCCAGCUCUGGCGGCGGCGGCGGCGGUGGCCUGGGCGACAUCUUCAGCUCGAAGAACUUUGGCGGCCUCUUCAGCGAGAAUCCCUCCUCCCGUGGGGGAUCGGCCAGCGACUCAUCCGCCUCCGCCUCCUCUAACGGCGGACCCAAGAGCUAUCCCACCCAGGCGCCGGGCAACUACUAUGGAUAGAUCGAGAUCGAGGAGCAUGCAGAUCGAUCUGUCCAGUCAGUGGAAAGUGGAAAUUCUUUUCUUGUGUAGUCGUGUAUUUUUGUUUCCUUUGGAUGGCAUCUAAUCAAAUGGAGAACUUUCAACGAAAUUAACUGAACAAUAUUGCAAUA